UACUAUACAGCUAUUCAAUGAUUGGUUUGGUGUAAUGAAUACGAAAUUGCCUAAGGAUACAUUUUUAAGCAUUUAUGGUUUAGAGUUGGAAAAACAAAAUCAUAUUUUCAAUCAAAUGAAUGAGUUUACUAAGACAAUGAGAGUUCAUCAGAAGCAAAAAAUAUACAAGUGUGGAACUCGACCUAAAACAAAAUUACAUAAUGAACAAACGUUGAAACUAUUUCAAAAAGGUAGUAUUAUUAAAGACGGAACUGAAAUUACUUCAGAUGAUUUGCCAGAUAGCACUUUUGAGAAUACUGAAGAAUUGGCUACAGUAGAAUCUGGUUUAGGUUGUACUCAAAUUGAAAUUCUUUCAGAAAAUAUGGAUUUACUAAAUGAUUUUGAAUCUGAAUGUACACAGAGUAAUAACAUCGUCGAGGAAGAUUGAUUAGAGUAUGUAUCUGAUUAUGUUGCUCAUCGUUUUGCAAAUGAGUUCCCAUGGUUGGCAAAAGGUACAUGUUCCAUAGAAGAUAAUGAAAAUUCUAAAACUUGGACAGAACAGAUCUCUAAAGAAAAUUUAACAAUACCUGAGCUGUUUAAAUCUACAAAAAGAUUAGAAGAUUAGUUUAAUAAAUUUCAUCGGAAUAGUUUAAGCAAAGAAUCAAAAAUUAUUAAGACAGUCACUGAGAUGCUACUUAAGAGAGAUGAAAAUUAUGUUGUUAACUUGCCACUUAAGGUUGCAGAAUGUCUUGUUCGUACAAGAACAUUUAUCAGGCUGAAUUAUC